AUGCUGAUCUGCAUUCUGGGGCUAGUUGUCCUGGCGGAGUUUCCUCAGCUCAAGUUGACGGAGAGUUCGGGCGCGCGUACUGACCUCCACGACAACAGAAACGAAAACCUAAGGGGUGGUGGGACAAAAGGGGUCAAGCUCCCAGGAGGCGGGAUCAAGCUCCCAGGAGGCGGGAUCAAGCUCCCAGGAGGCGGGAUCAAGCUCCCAGGAGGCGGGAUCAAGACAGAGGUUUUGAGUUCGGAAUUUACAAGGAGUUCCGAGUCGGUGAAGCGGAACCAGUGGCAGGUGGAGUUGGAGGGAAGUUGCGAGGAUGACGCCUGUGUGCGUAUGAGUUCAGAUAUCGCGACGAUCUCGAGUUGUCUCUCGACGCUGUGCGCGCGCUGUUCUUAUCAUGCUGUGGACACCUUCGACGUCACACCGGCUGAGACCGUCUGUGGGCUUCCCCUCCUCCCCGCCAGUGCCCCGUGGCUCCUCAAAAUGGAGCCGCCCAGCUCCUGGACCCUGCGGAAUAUCACCGUCGAACUCACGGCUGAUGUCAACCAAGUCACUCGGAAUGGCAACAGGAGCCGGGACGGAAGUCGAAGGCGAAAGCGUGGCUGGGAAGGGAAUGGGAGCCAAGAUCUGAUCGAGGCACAAGGAGCCGCGUCCUGCCCCCAGACCAUCCGAUUCUACGCGAUGACGCCGUUGCAAAAUGAAGCCGACCGCUCGGCGCAGGUCGCUGGUUCGAAACCGGUCGGGCGCUCAAGGGACGGAAUUCAAUUUCCGGCCACAGAUUCCGUUGCAGGUCUUGACGCGCGGAUUCUACACGAGGUCUGCAGCAAACAGGUUUUGCCUGACUCCAGCGUUGCUGCCCUGCUCGAACUCUCCAUGACGCAGGUUGAGAUUGAGAACGAGACCGAUGACAAGAUCGAUGACAAGAUCGAUGACAAGAUCGAUGAUGAGAUCGAUGAUGAGACCGAUGAUGAGACCGAUGAUGAGACCGAUGAUGAGACCUCACAACUGUUCACCUCCAACGGACGCUAUUACGCUCCACAGUAUCUCAUUGCCCUAGGGGACCCCGUCCUCUGCGCUAACUUGCACUGGCACAAGCAGAGCAUGCUUCUACUCGACGACAACCAUCUCCAGCACGAUGAUGCUGGACUUCGUGUUUUUUCUACACUGUUCAGCGGGUUAUUAUUCUUGUUGUAA